AUGGCCAUUCGCUGCUUGGCUUUGACAUUUUGUGUCGUGAUUGGUAUUAUUAUGUUAUGCAACUUUCAUGGUGUCUCUGCACAAUCAGAAUGCAAAGGAACCCCUCCUGAUGAUCUGUUAGGCAAAUGCAAAAAGUUUGUGGAGCCACCCGGCCCCAAGGUUCAACCGUCAGCGGAGUGCUGCUCGGCGGUGAAAGGCGCCGACAUUCCCUGCCUCUGCAAAUAUGUUACCGGAGAGAUUGAGAAGAUGGUGAGCAUGGAAAAAGUAGUCUAUGUUUGUAGGACUUGUGGAAAGGAUCUUCCUGCUGGAAUGAAAUGUGGAAGUUACACAGUUCCGCCACCCCAAGCCUCACCGCGGGCCUUCAAUAUAAAUUGA